UAGACAAUAGUUGUUGGCGAAAAGACGAACGCAAGAAAGAAAUGGUAGUGAGUGUGGUUUAGGUUGGAGAAUCCGAGUUAUCCGAAUGAUGAAUGAUGAAUGAAUGAAUGAAUCUUCGUUUCUUCCUCACUCAGUUGAGCUGAGUUGAGUGCUUUCCAUCAUGUCUCUUCUCAAAUCCCUCACUUCAAAUUCCUCUGCUUUCAAUUUCAAACCAACGCAAUCCACCAUGGCGCAUUCCUCUCCUUACAAGGUGCUACUACGAACAGCUUGUUCCUCUUCCAGGGGAACUAACUCUGUUGGCUUGUUUUAUUCCCGAGGGAUCUCAUCAGUUAAAGUGGUAUCUAUCACAAACGUAUCAAACUAUUGUUCUUAUUCGAGGGACAAUAUAUGUUCUUCAAAGCGAAGAUCACGAGGGCCAGUGAUGGCAGGAAAGAAAGCUUCGGAAGGAGUCAAGCAAGAAGAUGGAAAAUACAAGCACACUGUUGAUCUUCCCAAGACAACAUUUGGUAUGAGAGCUAAUUCUUCAGUAAGGGAGCCUGAAAUUCAGAAAAUUUGGGAAGAGAAUCAAGUAUUCAAGAAAGUUGUUGAGAAAAAUAGCGGAGCAAAUUUUAUUCUUCAUGAUGGCCCUCCAUAUGCUAAUGGUGAUCUUCACAUAGGGCAUGCCUUAAAUAAAAUUUUGAAGGAUAUUAUAAAUCGUUAUAAGGUAUGUUUAAUUGCUAUCGUAAUGUAACAUUUGAAGCAUAUAUAUUUUUUUUAUUAUGUCUGACACGUGCGACAAUACAUUUU